CCGGAGCAGCGCUAAUGGCGGAGAGCGUGCGGUCACCGUUUGACUACCGGGAGCCCCCUACUCUCGACAGUGACGGGGAUGGAAGCAAGCCGCCGCCACCGCGCGGCAGGCGCGUGUGUGGCAGGAAGAGGAAAGGGACACCGGUGAAGAUGUGUGACCGGGCAGCAUAUGUGACGGAGGAUGAGGAGGAGAGUCUGUCUGAACACAGUUACAGCCCAGGGGACGAGCAGUAUCCAGAGGGCGCUGAAGACCGACUCCCCCCGCCGGGCAGCCCGUUCUACCUCACUGACCCCUCACAGCUCUGUGUGCCUGAGCUCGAUGAAGAGGGUGCGAGUGGUGUCCGCGGUCCUGUGCUUUUCCACCCGCCGCCCAACUGCAGGAUUAGAGAGGUGCAUUGUGGGAGUCAGGUGCGGCUUGUCGUCAUAGCAAUUCGAGACAUUGCCAAAGGCGAGGAGAUCACCGUGGACUACAGCCUGACCGACUGGGGAGAAAAUGGCAUGGGUUUCCAUAGUUCAGUGUCUCCACGGGAAUUUGAAUGUGGAUUCAACCCAGAAAGUAACAUUAAGAAGGAGGAGGAUCCAGGCUCGCUCCCGCUCUCUCUCAAUGUUUCUGACUACCUCACUCCAUCAUGGUCCCUCUCCCCCUCCUCCUCGCCGCAGUCUCAUUCUGAGGCCAGCGACUCGGACCGUGAAGAGGACGAAGAGGAGGAAGACGAUGAUGAUGACGACGACGACGAAGACCUGGUGGAACUGCGCGGCCGUAUGAUGACACGGCGUAAGAAACGGAAAACCUCAGUGAGCGUCAAGAAAAAGGCCACGCCCAGGGCCCAGCCCCGCCCACUGUCGUUCACUCGCCCCGACCCUUCCUCUCCCUCCCCCUUCCAGCAGCCUCUGGCCCCGCCCACGACUAACAUAAACAAUAAUAUAAACAUAAACAUUGGGCAUGGCGCAAGCGGCACGCUAUCCCGUCAACAGCACUGCCCGUACUGCGGCCGGCAUUUCCGCUCACUCGCGCGCCAUCUUGAGAAACACCACGACCAGCAGCCUGAUGUGCGAGCUGCCAUGGAACUGUCCCACCUCCAUGCGCAAUCCCCACACACACCGACUGCCACCUCGCAUGUGUUUUCAUCGCCAGCACAACCCCCAUCCACCGCGGGACCGUCACUGUUUUCCCGGGAACCUGAUUCUGUGUCUUCGCCGUCUAAAUCCGGUGCCGUCUCGUUUUCGCUGUCCCUGUCGCCACCUACUUCUUCGAAAACCUCUAAAAAGACCAGCCCCUCCUUCUCUGCAACUAAGAAGGCCGCAGCGCCCGCUACCAGCACCGUCAAAAAAAGCUUGCCUGUCACGCCCAAGCCUCCUACCAGGAGAGGGCGCCCUCCAAAGAAAGAAAAGGAGGAGCAACUGAAGAAACAGGAGGAGCUGGAGCCAGCCAAAGAAGAGGCUCCUCCUACACCAGAGCAAGAGAAGGUUGAGGAAGAUGAUAAAAAGGAGAAUGAGUUAGACAUGAAAGAAGAAGGGAGUGUGGACGAGAAGAACGGUGAGAUGGAGAGCUCUCAUCUAUCACAAAUGCCUCCUUUCCUCUCCUCACUUUCUACACUGGUUCUGUACCUCCGUCAGCUGCAGCACUCCUCUUACCUCUCACUUUCUCGUUCGCCCAGCUUGGCAGAGUCAUGGCGUUUACUGUGCCACUCCAGUUUGUCUCUUCUCAUCUUGUACAAUCGUCAUCGCGAGUGCGAGGUCGCCAAACUCACCAUUGAAGACUACCGCGACUGCUCCACACCCUCAUCGAACUCCAUCUCUCUGCUGGAGUCGUCGCUUUCUCCUUUCGAACACCACGUCCUCUGCCACCUCCCCCGGGUGGGCAUACUGGGCAAACGCAGUCGCGUUCAACCCCUCAUUCUUCCGCCCCAUUCCGAAGCUUGUCUGGACCUUCUCCUCAAGACCUCCGCAGAUGUGGGCGUCGAUCCGGAGAGCCCGUACGUGUUUUCACGACCAUACCACUCUCCCGCCACGCCGCUCCGCGGUACGGACCUUCUCCGAGGCUUGGCGCGCACUAGCGGAGCUAAAAACCCCUCGGCGCUCACCGCGCCCCGCGCUCGCCGCCAUGUAGCGAUCCUCACCCAACUGCUAUUGCUGGAGGAGGAUGAGAAGCCCGCGGGUGCCGCCGUGAAAAGAUUGGAAGAUUUUCUUCAAAGGGAGUACCAUGUGACACAAAGCUGCGCACGGAUUGGUCAGGACCCGGCGCUGUUGAGUCGUGUGGGACGGGUGGUGUUGUACGGAGAGCGAGACGGAGUGCUGUUCAAAGGGAUGAGUCUACAACACAUCUGUCUUGAACUGGAUGUGAUGUCGGGGAACUCUGCCGACUCGUUCUCUGAUGAAUCGGAUAAAGAGGGCGAGAAGAAUAAAGAGAGAGCUGAAGUUGGGAAGAAGAGAGGAUGCAGCGCUCGAAGGCCGCCGCCCAAGAAGAGAAGCAGCCCACACCUGUCACAGGCCACGCCGAGUCCGUCAGGUGUACUCAAGAGGCGGAGCUCCCAGGUCAAGUCAGGUAAACGAGGCGUUCUGAAGCGGCCGUGGUCGGAAGCGGAGCGGGAGGCUGUGGAGACUCACCUGAAGCAGAAUAUCAUGGAACUACGCGUUCCUGCUAAAGCGGACUGUGAGCGGUGUCUGCAGCACUGCCCCCUGCUGGUCACCAACCAGCGUGACUGGAGGGCCAUUAAAUUCUACUGCCACAACCGCAUUCAGCUGCUGAAGAAACAGGGACGCAGAGAAGGCGCACCCGUCUGUUAACUACAGUAACAACAUACACACACACAAAGAAAAAUUCAGUCAUCAUUUACUCACCCUCAUUUUCCAAACCGAAUGGCAUGAUUCUGAAUACAUUUUUGGUUGAACUUUUCCUUUAAGCUACUACAGAGCGCAAUGACAGCGUGUGACGCACACAUACACUUUCCACAUUCCUAUGUGUGAGUAUUACUCUGGACGAUUGAGUUUUAACAGAAGGUCUUUCAAACGAUUAAACCUUUCAAACACGAACCUCCAGCGUUGCUGGUCCUUUCUGGACGGACUGUGAGCGACACUCAUUUCCGUUUCAUUUGUUCCAGUAUUCAUAUUCAAACUGCGGUUCAAAAACGCAGCAAUGAACUGGUGCAAAUAUUGUGAAGUUAUUCCUGAACUCUUUCAUUUCUAUAUGAAUGUUUUUCAUUUGAAUCUUACUGUUGGAGUGCCGUGAUGCUGAUGGUGUUAAACAGUGUUUCACUAUUCGGGACCAGAUUCACUUCAAUGAGGAUCAUUGUGAGAUGGAUUCUGAGUCAAUCUAAAUGGUCCAUUCAAGAUCUUUGACCUCUGUAGAUCUGAUACUAUAAAGUGAAUCUGAAGAAAACAUGUCCAUAAGUGUCCAAAGCCACAAGUAAAGACUGACAUUUGUAUAAUACAAAAAUUUUCUUUUUUCUUAAACAAUUAUAGUAAAAUAUGUUGUUAUGCAGUUAUUUAAAACAAGAAAUAAAGACGGUAAAGAAAAUGUCCUGAUCAUAUUUUACUCAGAAAAAACGGUACUGUUACAGUAAUGUGAACUAUCGUUAAAAAACGAUCUGAAAAGUACAUAUAAAACGUCCGGAUUCGUUACGGUAAUUUGAACUAUCGUUAAAAACAAUCUGAAAAGUACAAAUUAAACGUCCGGAUGCGUUACGGUAAUUUGAACUAUCGUUAAAAACAAUCUGAAAAGUACAAAUAAAACUUCCGGAUGUGUUACGGUAAUGUGAACUGUCGUUAAAAACAAUCUGAAAAGUACAAAUUAAACGUCCGGAUGCGUUACGGUAAUGUGAACUGUCGUUAAAAACAAUCUGAAAAGUACAAAUAAAACUUCCGGAUGCGUUACGGUAAUGUGAACUGUCGUUAAAAACAAUCUGAAAAGUACAAAUAAAACGUCCGGAUGCGUUACGGUAAUGUGAACUAUCGUUAAAAACAAUCUGAAAAGUACAAAUAAAACGUCCGGAUGCGUUACGGUAAUGUGAACUAUCGUUAAAAACAAUCUGAAAAGUACAAAUAAAACUUCCGGAUGCGUUACGGUAAUGUGAACUAUCGUUAAAAACAAUCUGAAAAGUACGAAUAAAACUUCCGGAUGCGUUACGGUAAUGUGAACUAUCGUUAAAAACAAUCUGAAAAGUACAAAUAAAACGUCCGGAUGCGUUACGGUAAUUUGAACUAUCGUUAAAAACAAUCUGAAAAGUACAAAUAAAACGUCCGGAUGCGUUACGGUAAUGUGAACUAUCGUUAAAAACAAUCUGAAAAGUACAAAUAAAACGUCCGGAUGCGUUACGGUAAUGUGAACUGUCGUUAAAAACAAUCUGAAAAGUACAAAUUAAACGUCCGGAUGCGUUACGGUAAUGUGAAUUUGGGGGUAAAAUGUAUGUAAGUGUCCUGAAAAUAAUCUCACGAUCCCCAAAAUCUUAAUGGCUGUAAAUGUAGGCUAUGUUCUCUUCGUGCAGAAUGUAAUUUCAUAUGUUUUGUGUUGAUUUGAGGUUAAAUAUGAGCAGGACAUUUUCUUGAGAGGUUUCGUGAGAAAUAAAUAAUUGACGAUGUAACAUAAUCUGUUUUCACAUUACAGUGAAUGUGCUUAUUUGCCAUAAAGAUUCUUUGCUUUGUGACAUUUUUAUGAACCUAAAAAUAGACGCAAAAUAACAAAACAGUCAUUUAUUUUCUUUGAUUUUGGAGUAAAUGUGUUUUCGAGUGGUUCACUCAUCUGUGCUUUUAAGUAAACUGUUAGACUUCAUUUUGGUUUUCUUAUUGUACAUAUGUUCAUGGUUUGCAAGGACACAAAUAAGCAGCUGAUAUAAAGAACUCAACUGACCCUCCACAUUAAAAACUGACCCGGAUUACUGUGACCGUCCUCCAUAUAAUCUGACGAGCUGUUGCUCUAAUGUCAGUCUGUGUGUUUGGAGAGUUUUAAACAGAAAUGCGGUAAAAUGUUGUUACUGUGACGUUUCUGUUCUGAUUUACAGUAAUGUUGCCACAUAAUUGAACGAUUUCUUGAAAAUUAGACAACACAGAAAUGGAUUAAAUUUCACCUAAUGUUUUUACCGCUUUAUGCGCACUUUUUACUCAACCGUAUGAUGAAAAGUGGGUGGAGCUUAUGGAAGGGUCAUUUGCAUAUUUCAGCAGAUCUUCAGCUCAUUUUAUUCCUCAGAUCGUUUCCGUUCGACACAUGUUUUUACAGUCGUUGAGUUUUCAGAUGAGCCAAUCACAAAGUUUCUUCUGUUUGUUCUGUAACUCCCCUUUUCCAGUCCUCUAAUGUAAUCGUAAUGAUGAUGUUAGACAUUAGAAAUGUGUGACAUUCUGUACAUACUGACUUCAUCUUAAAGUUGUUUCUUAAAUGCUGUUGUAAAAGUCAGACUUUAGAAAGAUGCUGUAGAGGUCACAAAACAAGAAGAACAUCUUUUAUUCACAGUUCACAUUGUCAAGUCCUUUAUUAAAGU